AUACUGCUUUUGGUAUUACAUGUAAAUGGUAUAUCCCAUAAGGUUGAUGGUGUUUUGCUGUUCUUGAUAUUUUUUGGGUUUUUUCAAGAUUUCAUCUGUCACCAAACAAGAUUCUCUGAUCUUCAGAUUCUGGGGUUUCAUAAAAAAUGAAGUUGAGCUCUAUAUUUGUCGAAAGAUCAGUUCUUUUGUCUCAAUUUAUUUAAUUUGAGGUUUUGCUUUGCUUUCCUGUUCUGUAAAUCCACUGAAAGAUCGUUACUUUUUUGACCUGUGAUUUGCUUCUUCUGGAUAGCUUCAAGACUCAUAACGUAAAAGGUUGUUUAAAUUGCUUCAAAUUUUUGUAGGGCAGGUAUGUUUAGUUGCUGAUUUAGUAGAUUCCAUGGAACUAAUGCUACUAUAGAUUCUUAGCCAGAAAUGUGGAAAAGGUGAUAUUUUUAGGAAUCUUAGUACAUACCUUUCCAAAUUGAACUGAUAAUGACGAAAAGUUUCAACCUUUGUAGUUCUUGAAAGUGGAAAAAGUUGGGAUUUUUAUUAUAAGGAGAACUGAUAUAUAAGAAAUCUAUUAAGAUUUUGGAUUGAGUUUUUUUUAUGGUAAUGGAGAAACAGGUUAGUUUCCAGGGUCCAACAAUGGAAAAGCAACAGAGUUUUCGAAAUGGGACGACGGAGAAGCAGAAAAGCUUUAGAGGAAUAAUGGAAAAACAGAAAAGCUUUAGGAUAUCAAUGGAGAGGCAAUUAAGUUUUGGUGGUGAGAGGAAAAGGGGCAAGGAAUCACCGGGGAAACGAGGGGAUUCGAUUCUCCACCUUGCAGCUAGAGGAGGGAAUUUAGGAAAAGUGAAAGAAAUUGUUGACAAGUUUGAUGAGAAAGGCAUAAAAGAUUUUCUAUGUAAGCAAAACCAAGAGGGUGAGACUGCUUUGUAUGUUGCUGCUGAAAAUGGCCAUAGUUUUGUUGUUGCAGAGUUCUUGAAACAUUUAGACCUUCAAACUGCUUCAAUUGUGGCAAAUAAUGGCUAUGNCCCAAAACCCAAAUUAAAAAGAAAAAAGAACAAAAAAAGGAACAAGAAAAAGUUGAGGUCUGAAUUUACUAAAUGCAGAUUCCAGAAUGCUUUUGAAGAGUCAAAAUUUCCAUAUGUUCCUUUCUCACUUGCACUUGUAAACACUGAGGACAAAAUUGCAGAUGUACUGGAGGAACUGCUGCGUUCAUUUCCAAACCUAGUAAUGACCACAGAUUCAUCCAAUUCUACGGCGUUACACACAGCAGCUGCACAGGGACAUAUUCAUGUAGUAAAUAUGCUUCUGGAGAUUGAUUCAAACCUUGCUAAGAUUGCUCGGAACAAUGGAAAGACUGUGCUCCAUACAGCAGCAAGAAUGGGCCACUUGGAGAUAGUUAGAUCCCUUCUGAGCAAGGACCCUGAUAUUGGUUUUAGAACAGAUAAAAAAGGCCAGACUGCCCUACACAUGGCUGCAAAGGGACAAAAUGCUGGCAUCGUGCUUGAAUUAAUCAAACCAAAUCCUGCUGUAUUGGCCUUGGAAGAUAACAAAGGAAACAGAGCACUUCAUAUUGCAACAAGAAAGGGAAGGGUACAGAUGGUGCAAUGUCUUAUGUCAACUGAGGGCAUCGAUCUCAAUGCCAUUAAUAAGGCUGGAGAAGCGGUUCUUGAUAUUGCAGAAAAGUUUGGAACUCCAGAGCUUGUUUCUAUUUUGAAAGAGGCCGGAGCUACGCAUUCCAAAGAUCAAGGGAAGCCCCCCGGUGCUGCAAAGCAACUCAAGCAGACUGUCAGUGACAUAAAACAUGAUGUGCACUCCCAGCUCCAACAGAGUCGUCAGACUGGCUUCAGAGUACGGAAAAUUGCAUUGAAGGUGAAGAAGCUCCACAUUAGUGGGCUUAAUAAUGCCAUCAACAAUGCAACUGUUGUCGCUGUCCUUAUUGCAACUGUUGCUUUUGCUGCCAUCUUCACUGUACCUGGCCAAUAUGUUGAAGAGAAAACAGAUGGAUUUUCACUUGGCGAAGCAAAUGUAGGCAGAAAAGCAGCUUUCAUAAUCUUCUUCUUGUUCGACAGUAUGGCCUUGUUUAUUUCAGUUGCUGUUGUCGUGGUCCAGACAUCUGUGGUCGUGAUUGAACAGAAAGCAAAGAAGCGACUCAUGUUUUGGAUAAACAAGCUCAUGUGGGCAGCUUGCCUCUUCAUCUCGAUCGCCUUUAUCUCUCUUAGUUACGUGGUAGUUGGAUCUAAGGAAAGAUGGCUUGCUGUCUAUGCAACUGUGAUUGGUAGCAUAAUAAUGCUCACUACAAUUGGCUCCAUGUGCUAUUGUGUGGUUCAACAUAGGCUAGAAGAAUCGAGGCUGAGGAGCAUUAGAAGAGAUGAGACUCAUUCACGUUCUUUCCCAUUGUCUGUGGCAUCAGAUACAGAGCUUUGCAGUGAGAACUACAAGAGGAUGUAUGCAGUCUAGGAAGAACAAUCAGGUAGCUUUCUGCGUAUGGCAUAAAAAACGGAGCUUUGUAAUUAAAACUAUAAGCAAAUAUAUGCAGUUCUCAAACAUGAGGUCCAAGAACUUGUGCCACGGCAUCAGAUUCAGAAUGGUGAAAGUACAAAAGGGAUCUGUGCUGCUUAGGAACAAAUGAGCAGAGAGUUUCAAUAGAUUCUCAAUAAUAUUUCUAUUAUAUCUGUCCCCGCAGAAUUCUCUAAUGUGGGUUCCUGCAACCACUGAAUUGUUGCAAACUGGGGUUGCAUAUUCCAUAGAAGUUCAAAAUGAAGCCUUAGCAGAUCUUUCAGUUUUCUCCUCAUGAAAAUGCAACAGUUUCGAGAAGCAUGCUUUCUUGAAGUUGACUAAUUAUAUGGUUACAAUACUAGCACACCAGAUUGGCACUCUGUGACAAGAAUGUGGGGAUGGCUGCUAUUUACUUUCUUAUGCCUAUAUACCUGAUCAACUCCUUACUUCAUCAAACAAAAUGGUGUCGUUGUAUAUUUUAUUAUAGUUUUUUUGCCUCAUCAUGAGGUCCAUCUUUUCUAGCUGCAAUAAUUUGUUAGAAUUCUGCCAACAUGAAGAACAAGCCCUGAGAAUGAGCUAGUUCUGUGAAA